CGCCAGAUUUGACCCACACAUCCCACAUCCCUUCUUACGUAAAUACAGAAAUAAAAAAAAGGGUUUGCACUUGGCACCAUUUUCUCAUUCUCUUCAAUACAGAUCUCCUUCUUAUAUACUCUAGCCUCUAUUAGCUGCCUUCUAAUUUACUGGAGAGAGCCAAAAGACAAAGCAUUCUUUUGUUAUUGUGGAAAUCCAAAAAAACAUCUCUUCUUGGGUCUGCAGAACUUCCCUGCACCAUUUUCAUUUCAUAGUCCUCAGAAAGUGGGGCUACUGGAUAACAGUUAGGCUGUUGGCCUGGGUCCCUUCACAUUUUCCUUCUUUUUUUUUUCUUGGCUUUGGCAGAAGAUAUUGUUUUUUGCCUUGCUAUGUGAAACCCGAGAAACAAUUAUCUUUCUCCUCUGCAAGUAAUGAUGAGAGGUUCUCUGUUUCUUUCCUUUUAUCUUUAAAUCUCCUGCUUCAUUCUCUCCACAAAAGAAUUCCUAGAAGAAGAACAACUCCAUAACAAUUAUAGCCUCUAUCUUUCCUUCUGAGAGAAACCUAAAGCUACCGUCGUUAUUUGCCAGAGAAGUAGAAUGCGCUUACUGCAGCAACCACAUUUAGAUAUUUAAUGCAUAAUUGAUGUUGCAUCUUCUAAGAUUCUAAGGAGCUCUACUUUAUUGUCUUCUGCGUUUUAGAAGAACGUUGAAACCUUAGAGGAGAGUUAGAAUUUGAUGCUAAAGAAGUUUCUUAGAAAAUAUCUUUCUCCAUUGAAGAAAGAAGAUGUCUGCAAAAUUCAUCCAUACUUUAUCAGAUGAAAACCCAGAUCUGCAGAAGCAUAUUGGAUGUAUGAACGGAAUUUUUCAACUCUUUGACCGCCACCAUUUCCUUGGUGGUGGACGCCGUCUCACUGGCCAAAACCACAAGAGGCUUCCACCAGGUCAAAAUGGCAACCAUAGUAUAGAGCCCCCAUGCACAUCUCAGAAGGCCAAAGAAAAAAACCAGAAGAAGUCCAUUAAAGAGAAACAGCGAGUCUCUACAGAAUCAUCCAGAACCUCGUUUUCAUCUUCCUCAUGUUCAUCUAGUCUCUCAUCUUUAGAAUGCAACAGAGCAUCUCAGCUGGAACCAUGUUCAUUCAAUCAAACCAUUGGCCCUGAAACUCAUGCUCGAGAUUUACCUUCCCCCUUGUACCAGCCAAAUGUUUCUUUUCGGUCACGCCAGCAAUCGCCUGAUCUCAGAGACGUUGUCAAAGACUCAAUCUAUAGAGAAGCUCGUGGGUUAUCUGUCAAAACUGUAAGCAAGGGAGAAUCUGGGAGCCAGACAUUGAAGUACUUUGAUUCCCCAAGGCCUCUGCAGCAGCCUAAAUUUGUAAACACCAAAGUUUCAGGUCUAAAGGAAUCAUCUCAAGUUCUUCAUAAGCUUCAGGAGAAACCUCGGAAAUCCAGUGAAGAGAAGGUUGUGUCAUCAACUUCUGGACUGAAGGAUGCUCGACGGUUAUCUUGUGAUGGAAGGGAAUCAAGAGAAGCAUACAAAUCCACAAUAAAGCUCAAGGAGCUGCCAAGGCUAUCAUUGGAUAGCAGAGCAGGAUCCGUGAGCGGUUCCACCACUGAAUUGAAAUCAAGUGAUCCUAUAGGAGAUCUGAAGAGGGGGGACAGGAACCUCAGCAAUAUCUUAAACCAACAAGAACCAGAGAGCCAUACCAGACUGUCCAACGUUGUGGCCAAGUUAAUGGGAUUGGAAGUUCUCCCAGGUUCCAUGUCAGCCGAUGGGAAUCAGACAAGACAAAUAAAAACACACCCCGAUGUUGAAAAGAAUUCAUUCCUCGGAUCAUCAAGGACCACUAAUGAGAACAAGCAAAAUCAAAUUCCUGGCUCCCCAAGAAACCUUCACAAGGAACCUAUCUCACCCAGGUUGAGACAUGUUGAUUCAGUUAAGAAGCAAAUCCCAAAUUCAAAGUUUCCAAUAGAAACAGCACCAUGGAGGCAGCCAGAUGGAAGCAAGGGUUCUGAAACAACAGCUUUGAAGGGUCGGUUAACUCCACCAAACGCUCCAAACACCACUCUCUCUGUCUAUGGCGAAAUAGAGAAAAAGUUGGCACAACUUGAGUUUAAAGGGUCAGGAGCAGAUCUCAGAGCUCUUAAACAAAUUCUUGAAGCAAUGCAAAAGACAAAAGAGAUUCUAGAGACCAAAAAUGAAGGUAGGAAGUUAGGAACUCAGGCAAGCACUAACACCAGUGUUCAUCAGAAUUCAAAGUUACCAAAUCAGCACAACGUCCAGAGCAAUAGCCCAAUUUCCAACCUUACCAGGGGGACCAGUUCACCAAAGAGCGAUAAAUCUCCAAUCGUGAUUAUGAAACCUGCUAAACUCAUCAAAGCCAGUAAUCCUGCUUCAUCAGUAAGCCCAACUCAAAGUUCUUCAGUUCUGCAUGACCUCCAAAUUGCUGGCUCUGAAGAUGGCAGAAGGGAAUCAAUUGACAAACAGACUGCUAAAGCUCUAACUCCCAAAGCCGGCCAUCUUAGGGAACGAUCCAGUCUACCCUCUCGUUCAAUGGAUAAAAGCACAGCUAUCAGAAUGACAAGGCAGCCAAACACUUCAAGAGACCCUCAGUCCACUGCUAAAGAGGACUCAUGUAAGAGCUUGGGAAGUAGACAGAUAAAGAAAAAGGUUGGGUUAGAGAAGCAACCCCGUCCAACAACACGAUCAUCAGAUUCAAUCAGGGCACAAAGGCAAUCCGGUAGACAGACUACAGAAUCAGGUUCCCCUCGCGACAAAAUGAGACCAAAAUCUGCAAAUCUGCCAAGUGAUGAUGAAUUGAGUGAUAUUGGUAGUUAUGCUAGGGAUUUAAGCCACCAAGGGGACACAAUUUCUCUGCAAUCUGAGAGCACAAUUAGCUUGGCCUCACAAAUCGAUGAAGAAGUCUCAAGCACUGAUAAAACAAAUAAGAUCAAUAACAACUUUAUCCAGCAAGCUCACCUGAGACAAAAAAAAACGGUAGCAAGAUCAAUGAAAGGGAGAUCAAUUACUGAACCAGCAUCAGCUUCCUCAGAACAACCAAGUCCAGUGUCUGUUCUUGAUGCAACAUUCUAUAGUGAUGACUUGCCAUCUCCCAUUAAGAAGAAACCAAUUGCCUUCAAAGAAGAUGAGAUUGAGUGGAAUUCUGGGGACAUAAAUCACUCUUCCAGCAGCAUAAACUCCAGUUUCCAACUUGUGAUCAAUCACCGGAAAUCAGAGGACAUCCAUCCUUUAAUUCAGAAUCUUACGCAGCUGUUAUCUGCUCAAGACGAACCCAUCAUUGAUGAGAUUACACCCCACUACAAUAGCACAAAUCCAGACCAUAAAUACAUCUCAGAAAUCCUAUUAGCAUCAGGCCUUCUUGAAGAUUUUGAAUCUACUUUUACAACCAUUCACCUGCAACAAACAGGCUACCCAGUGAACCCUCAUCUAUUCCUAGCCCUGGAACAAGCUAAGUCAAACGUCAUGCAUUCAAAUGAUAAAGAGAGCAAAACAAAGACUUUCCAGUCAGAAAAUCAUAUCAAAGUCAAAAGGAAACUUGUAUUUGAUGCAGUGAAUGAAAUUCUGGCCCACAAAUUACGUCUGGAAAGUUACUCGAGGCAUUGGCAUUCACCAAAUAUGCUGGCAGACAAAAGAUCAAGAGGACAGCAGCUUUUGGGGGAAUUAUGCUCAGAGGUGGACAGGAUGCAAGGGAAUGCCUCAAGCUGCAGCUUAGAUGAUGAGAAUGACAGUUUGAGAGACAUAUUACAGGCAGAUUUAAUGCAUCAGUCAACACAUUGGACAACUUGUACAAGUGAAAUUCCAUGGCUAGUUCUGGAUGUUGAGCGACUGAUAUUUAAAGAUCUAAUAAGCGAGGUUGUGACCGGCGAAGCCAUUAGUCUACGAGUGCCAUCUGGUGGGUAUUGCAGGCAACUGUUUUCCAAGUAGUACUUUCAUAGAAUUGUUUAGACAUGACCAUUCAGUCUCUCCCUCUCUGUUCUUCAAAUAUGGAGGACUGUUUUAAUUUUAUCACUUAUAGCGUAAAUCAAAAUAAGCUAUUGAGCAAAAAUUAGUUCUAGCA